UAAGAACAAAUCCCCCAAAAAUCAAUCUCCACCCUUCACAACCGAAAUCCAACGGCUCUCCUCUCACCAGCACUCGUGCUUAUCACUCCCCGAUUCAUCACUGUACUGCUUUCUCUUUCCCUCUCUCUCAGUUCCCCUCUCUCGAAAAAUGGCCAAAACCAUCAAAGAUCAUCCACUCUCUUCACCAGAGGCCCACAAAGAUUGUUCAUUUUCAAUCCGAUCUCUAUAUGUAUGAGUGAAUUUGGACUAAAAAACACAGCCUUUAACAUACCCUUUUUGUGGCUUUUUCAUCCAAAGCUAAUGGUUUCUCUGUUUUGUAGAGCUUUAGAUUCACAGUUAUGAUCAAGGAAAUCAGCUUCUUCAUACCCAUUUAACGCUCUUUUGAGCUCUAAUAUUGAUCUAUUGUUAUUUUUUGGUUUAAAGUUCGAAGCUUUACACAGCUGUGGUGCUAUUUUUAUUAUGUGAUGAUAACUGAUACUUAUUCCAAGAUGAUGUCCGAUAUCGGAAUGCGAUCGAUGCCGGGAAACGCUGAAUACAGCGAGGAUUUGGGGCUGUUGAUUCGGGAGCAGCGGCGGCAGGAGGUGGCGGCGAGUGAUCGAGAGAAGGAACUCAGUAUAUACCGAAGUGGGUCGGCGCCGCCCACCGUUGAAGGUUCGUUGAGCGCCGUAGGAGGGUUAUUCGGUGGCGGCGGCGAUGGCAGCGAUACAGGGUUUGCGUCGGAGGAGGAGCUCCGCGCCGAUCCAGCGUAUGUUAAUUAUUACUAUUCGAAUGUGAAUUUGAAUCCUCGACUCCCACCACCACGGCUAUCGAAGGAGGAUUGGCGCUUUGCGCAGCGGUUGCACGGAGGAGGAGCCGGCGGUGGCGGCAGUGGGAGUUCAUCAUCAGUGGGAGGGAUUGGGGAUCGGAGAAAGGUGGGUAGAGGCGGUGAUGGUAAUGGGUCAUCGCUAUUUUCGAUGCAGCCGGGGUUUAAUGGGCAAAAAGACGAGAAUGGGGCAGAGUCAAGGAAAGCCCAGGGGGUGGAAUGGGGUGGCGAUGGACUGAUUGGGUUGCCGGGGUUGGGGCUAGGUAGCAGACAGAAGAGUCUCGCUGAAAUCAUCCAGGAUGAUAUAGGUCAUGCUACAUCUGUCUCUCGGCACCCUUCUCGGCCUGCUAGCCGCAAUGCAUUUGAUGAUAAUGUUGAAACUUCUGAAGCUCAGUUUUCUCAUUUGCAUCAUGAAUUAGCAUCUAUGGAUGCUUUACGGUCAGGCACAAAAAUUCAAGCCAUAUCUGCAGUGCAAAAUGUUGCUUCUUCAGCGUCCCAUACUUAUGCUUCUGCUUUAGGUGCCUCUUUGUCAAGAAGCACCACACCUGAUCCUCAACUUGUAGCUAGGGCUCCUAGUCCUCGAAUUCCAACUGUGGGAGGAGGAAGGACUAGCUCUAUGGACAAAAGGAGUGGUAAUGGUUCAAACUCAUUCAAUAGUGUCCCACCUGGUAUUGGCGAGUCUGCAGAUCUGGUAGCUGCUUUGUCUGGCUUGAAUCUGAGUACCAAUGGUAUGGUGGAUGGAGAGAAUCAUUCCCGGUCACAAAUACAGCACGAGAUUGAUGACCACAAGAACCUCUUCAACUUGCAAGGCGAUCAGAACCAUAUAAAACACCAUUCGUACUUAAAUAAGUCUGAAUCUGGGAAUUUUCAUCUACAUUCUGUUCCCCAAUCAGCCAAAGGAUCAUAUUCAAAUAUGGGUAAAGGCAGUGGGGUGGGGAUGGAUCUGAACAAGUCUGCCCUUCUAGCUGAGGGACAAGUUGAACUUCAGAAAUCGUCUGCUUCAUCCGCUAACUCAUUCUUAAAAGGGCCAUCCACACCAACUCUCAGUAGUGGAGGAAGUUUACCUUCUCACUAUCAGAAUGUGGAUAAUGUGAAUUCCUCAUUCUCAAACUAUGGUUUAAGUGGAUACACUUUUAAUCCUGCAUCACCAUCCAUGAUGGGAAGCCAGCAUGGCAGUGGCAACAUGCCACCUUUGUUUGAAAAUGUUGCUGCUGCAUCAGCAAUGGGAGUCACUGGCAUGGACUCUAGAGCACUGGGUGGAGGUUUGAAUUUAGGACCAAAUUUAAUGGCUGCAGCAUCAGAACUGCAGAAUCUUAGAGUGGGAAACCACACUACAGGAAAUGCUCUUCAGGUGCCCGUUGUGGAUCCAUUGUAUCUUCAGUACUUAAGAUCAGCUGAGUAUGCUGCCACACAGGGUGUGGCUCUUAAUGACCCAACAAUGGACAGGGAAUACAUGGGCAGUUCAUACAUGGAUUUGCUUGGACUUCAGAAAGCUUACCUAGGGGCAUUGCUUACAUCUCAGAAAUCACAGUAUGGUGUUCCUUACCUUGGUAAAUCUAGUAGUAUGAAUCAUGGUUAUUAUGGAAACCCACAAUUUGGUCUUGGCAUGUCUUAUCCUGGGAGCCCAUUAGCGGGUCCCCUUCUUCCAAACUCUCCUGUUGGAUCUGUUAGUCCUGUCAGACACAAUGAGCGGAAUAUGCGAUUUCCCUCUGGGAUGAGGAACUUGGCUGGGGGUGUCAUGGGAGCUUGGCACUCAGAAGCUGGUGGUAACUUGGAUGAUAAUUUUGUGUCCUCAUUGCUGGAUGAAUUUAAGAGCAAUAAAACUAAGUGUUUUGAACUUUCAGAAAUUUCCGGUCAUGUUGUUGAGUUCAGUGCUGAUCAGUAUGGAAGUCGGUUUAUUCAACAAAAACUCGAGACUGCAACAACAGAAGAAAAGGACAUGGUUUUCCAUGAAAUUAUGCCCGAAGCCCUUUCUCUAAUGACUGAUGUCUUUGGUAACUAUGUGAUCCAGAAGUUUUUUGAGCAUGGGACUGCAUCCCAAAUAAGGGAACUGGCUGACCAACUCACUGGGCAUGUAUUAACCCUUAGCCUUCAAAUGUAUGGCUGUCGAGUAAUCCAGAAGGCUAUAGAAGUUGUAGAUCUGGAUCAGCAGACUAAAAUGGUCAUGGAGCUAGAUGGUAAUGUCAUGCGUUGUGUACGUGAUCAAAAUGGGAACCAUGUUAUCCAGAAGUGUAUUGAAUGCAUACCUCAAGAUUCUAUUCAAUUUAUUAUCUCAACAUUUUAUGAUCAAGUUGUGACACUGUCCACACAUCCAUAUGGUUGCCGUGUGAUACAGAGAGUCCUGGAGCACUGUCAUGAUCCAAAAACCCAACGUAUAAUGAUGGAUGAGAUUUUGCAGUCUGUCCGCAUGUUAGCUCAGGAUCAAUAUGGGAAUUAUGUUGUACAGCAUGUUCUGGAGCAUGGGAAGCCUCAUGAACGGUCCUCUAUAAUUAAUGAAUUAGCUGGGCAGAUAGUUCAAAUGAGCCAGCAGAAGUUUGCCUCCAAUGUGGUAGAAAAGUGUUUAACUUUUGGAGCUCCUUCAGAACGUCAGAUCCUGGUGAAUGAGAUGCUUGGCUCCACUGAUGAAAACGAGCCUCUUCAGGCGAUGAUGAAAGAUCAGUUUGCAAACUAUGUUGUACAGAAAGUGCUGGAGACAUGUGAUGACCAGCAACUUGAACUGAUCCUUAAUCGAAUAAAAGUUCAUUUGAAUGCUCUGAAGAAAUAUACUUAUGGGAAGCAUAUAGUUGCGCGUGUAGAGAAACUUGUGGCAGCUGGAGAAAGGAGGAUUGGUGUUCAGUCUUCACUUCCCGCUUAGAUUUCAUAGGAAAGUUUGUUGUACAGCUAACUGAGACUAGUAUGAGCGCCCUCUCUCUUUACUCUUUCUUUUCAUAUCUAGCUAUGGCUCUGUAUUUAUUUGGAUGAGUAGGAGCCUGUUGAAAAUAAAAAUUGUUGGUUGUACUUAAAACUGUACAUUGUUUAGUUUGAGGAUAUACCUAGAAUCAGGCUAGCUGAGGCUCAGAUGGUGAACACACCUGAUGCCCCUGCAGAGGAGAUAAGAUUACUGUACAAGUUUUAAGGGUGUAAAGAGGAAGAAAAAGAGGUAGAAUUUGUGAUCGUGACUGUACAAAUGUCACCAGGUGGAAAGAGCCUUUGGUGUUUAGGAGAGGCCAGAAUUUUUUAAUGUAUGGGAUUUGACUAUUUUCCUUUUUCUAAAGCACUUUUUCUUAGAACAGCUGAGUUUCAUGUUUGAGAAGUUUUUGA